GUUGCGUACGUUACGUCUGUAAUGUGUGGAGGCCCUUAAACCACGUUGUUUUGGUGCUGAUCCGAGAACACGAAAAUCGAAGCGCGAUGAAAGUGAACGAAAAGAAGCGUUUAACCGACCGUGAAAAGCUGGAAAUACGAGAACGGAAGCGGAACCAGCGACAGAACCGGCUCCUGAAACGUGUGCAGCAACAGUUUGAACAGGUGGAGAAGGAUAAAGCAUCUCAGGCUGAGGUACACGUAGCGGCCGUGCCGGAAGCCGAACAUGUCUCCACCAUCAGUAUCGCGGUCCCGGGCUCAAUCAUGGACAAUGCGCAGUCCCCAGAGCUGCGGACAUAUCUGGCUGGUCAGAUCGCACGGGCCGCUUGCAUUUUCCAGAUCGACGAGGUGAUCGUUUUCGACGACUGCGGUCCCAGCAACCAAGUGACGGAUCGAUUAAGCACCAUCGAAACCGCGGAGGGUUCAACGUCGGCUCGUCGUUGCUGCAUCCAGUUGGCACGCAUUCUUCAGUACCUUGAGUGUCCGCAGUAUCUGCGAAAGUACUUCUUCCCGAUACACAACGAUCUGAAGUUCUGCGGGCUGCUCAACCCGCUUGAUUCGCAGCAUCAUCUGCGGCAGCAGAGUGAGUUCGUGUUCCGCGAAGGCAUCGUUACCAGCAAGCCCACAAAGCAUGGCAAGGGAUCGUACGUAAACGUGGGUUUACUAAAUGAUGUACGCAUCGAUACACAGCUCGAGCCGAACGUCCGAGUAACGGUGAAGCUGCCGGAUGGAGCGGACUUGAAAUCAAAGAAAAUCCGUGCGAAGGUCGUGCCACCGUCUCAGCCACGUCAGGAAACGGGCAUCUACUGGGGUUACUCCGUACGCAUCGCCAACUCAUUGUCGCAGGUCUUUACGAAGAGUCCAUACAAGGGAGGGUACGAUUUGACCAUCGGCACGUCCGAUCGUGGAACAAACGUACAUGAGGUUGCCGCCAAAAGCCUCUCCUAUCGACAUGCGCUGGUGGUGUUUGGAGGCGUGCUGGGACUGGAACCGGCGCUGGAUAACGACACAAAGCUCACGGUGGAAACGGUCGAAGAUCUGUUCGACGAAUACCUGAACACUGUCCCAGCGCAGGGAUCGCGUACCGUGAGAACCGAAGAAGCGAUUUUGAUUUCAAUGGCAGCCCUCGGAGAGAAAGUGUGUCCUGCUACUGCUCCCAAAUCGUUCACUAGUUUCGAUGCCAUACCCCAGAGUAAGGAUACUGGCAUACAACAGUACGCGUUUAACGAAAAGCGAACGAAAUUUGACCCGUUGGCCAAGAAAAUCACGGAUACGCCGCCAAUCCAUAUCGAGCAAAUCGCUCAACCCGAUCCUAACGACGAUAUGUCGCGCUUCGACUAAACUGAGCAGGCCAGUGGAUAUGAAUAAAUUCCCAUUUAUUUACAAUUUAGUGCGCGGUGUCU